CCAAGCAGGUUCCUGUCUGUUCAGGCUCAUGUUUCCACACACCGCCCACACAAAAUAACAAAAAAGCCUGAUAGGGUUGUUCCCAUUUCCAAGCAUUGAAUAGGCAGACAGCUACUGCUACAGGACGCAGUUCAUCAGCUAUAAAGAGAAGAUUAAAAUACAAAUAUGGCGCUGAAUUGGUCCUUCUUGAAACCCAAUGUGAAGCUUGUCUAUUUAGUCCAGAACAUCACCGUGGCAAUUGUGCUUCAGAUUACAGAGCAUCUGACGGAGCAAUACUUUACUUGCCAAUGUAACAAGUUCAGGAUCUGUUUUGUCUGCAUGUACUUCCUAGUACCAGCUGCUGCUUUCAAUGCAUUCGCCUGGUCCCUUCAGCUAAGCAACAUCUUCCUGAAGAAAUGCUGUGGAGGUGCUACUGCUACUGAAAAUGCUGCUACCGCAGGCUGUCAGUGCCUGAGAACACUGUACCCAAGUUUAUGCUGGAUAGUGAUUCUUCUGAUUGAUGGAAAGUACGCAGCCUGUGCACUGGACAAGAGAUGCAGUGAAGUCAACAAAACAAUGAUCACUUUGAAGACAGAUGACGAGGAUAUGGUGUACAACAGGAUGCUAUCCAAGAUAUGUGGAUUUUCUGGGCUUUUGUGCUUAGUGGUGUGUUAUUUCUUCUACCUGUGCUGGGAUUGCCACCGGUCACCUGCAGAUCGGUAUAGGAAGAUGUACAAGGCACAGCUGGAUGAACACAGAGAGGAGUUCGCCAGGACGUAUGCAAAGACACAGACAGAGAAGAGAGCAAACCGGUGCAAGGAAAAGCUCGGAGCUCAACCAGCAUCUGAAGCUCAACCAGCAUCUGCCGCUCAACCCGCAUCUGCCGCUCAACCAGCAUCUGGAGCUCAACCAGCAUCUGCCGCUCAACCAGCAUCUGAAGCUCAAGAUAAAGAUUCUGUACUUCUUCAAAUAAAAAUAAUUGUGGACACUGUAGAUAAGGAAUUUAAUUUAUUUAUUCAACCAGCAUCUGCCGUUCAACCAGCAUCUGCCGCUCAACCAGCAUCUGAAGCUCAACCAGCAUCUGGAGCUCAACCAGCAUCUGCCGCUCAACCAGCAUCUGAAGCUCAACCAGCAUCUGGAGCUCAACCAGCAUCUGAAGCUCAACCAGCAUCUGAAGCUCAACCAGCAUCUGGAGUUCAACCAGCAUCUGCCGCUCAACCAGCAUCUGCCGCUCAACCAGCAUCUGCCGCUCAACCAGAACCAGGAGCUCAAGAUGAAAAUUCUGUACUUGAAAAUGAAAUUGUGGACCCUGCAGAAGAAUUAAUUCAACCAGAAACAGGAGCUGAACCAGAACCAGGAGCUGUACCUGAAAUGGAAAUGAGGACAUUAUUGAUAAGUGAUUUAAUUUAUCUAUGACAAAAUGAACAAGUCCCAACUUCAAAAUGAAAGACAAGACUGUGCCUCCUUUCCUUUUGAUCGAUUUCCUCUAUGUUUCCUUGCCUGUUCUCCAGGUAAAGCACAGGUAAAACAGCCAAGCACGGCACACAGAUUUCAAUAUUAUCUUAUCUUUUUCAAUGCUUUCUUCCUUGGCUCAUGCCAAGCAAAACCUACAGUGCCCUCCAUAAUGUUUGGGACAAAGACCCGUCAUUUAUUUGCCUCUGUACUCCCAACCUGUCA